AUGAGGCUGAGCGGCCCCCAGGUGUGGAUUUCAGUGGGCGUGGCGACUCUGGUGCUGAGUCUGUGGGAGGCCGGGUGCUCAGGACUGAGCGCCGAAGCUGGGCCCCCUCCCAGACCCCCGGGGGCUCCCAGGGGCCCCGGGUCAGCCCACCACAGGCAGAAACGAAGCUGGGUGUGGAACCAGUUCUUCGUGUUGGAGGAGUACACAGGCGACGACCCCCUCUAUGUGGGCAAGCUGCACUCUGACGUAGAUAAAGGAGAAGGCCGCGUGAAGUAUGUCCUGUCCGGAGAGGGUGCCUCCUCCAUCUUCAUCAUAGACGAGAACACGGGGGACAUCCAUGCCACCAAGCGCCUGGACCGGGAGGAGCAGGCCUACUACACCCUCAGGGCCCAGGCUGUGGAUCGGGCCUCCAACCGGCCCGUCGAACCCGAGUCCGAGUUCAUCAUCAAGGUCCAGGAUAUCAACGACAAUGAGCCCAAGUUCCUGGAUGGGCCUUACACCGCAGGGGUUCCUGAGAUGUCCCCCGUCGGGACCUCAGUGGUUCAGGUGGCGGCGACGGAUGCGGACGAUCCCACAUACGGAAACAGCGCCAGGGUGGUGUACAGCAUACUGGAGGGGCAACCCUACUUCUCAGUCGAACCAAAGACAGGUAUCAUCAGGACAGCUCUCCCCAACAUGGACCGGGAGGCGCGGGACCAGUACCUGCUGGUCAUCAUGGCCAAGGACAUGGUGGGCCAGAUGGGCGGCCUCUCGGGCACCACCUCCGUCACCGUCACGCUCACGGACGUGAACGACAACCCGCCCCGCUUCUCUCGCAAAUCCUACCAAUUCACCGUUCCGGAGUCCCUGCCAGUGGCUUCAGUGGUUGCCAAGAUAAAAGCGGCCGACCCCGACGUGGGACCCAACGCCGAAAUGGAGUACAGGAUUAUAGAUGGGGACGGUCUGGGGCUGUUCAGGGUUACGCCCGACAAAGACACGCAGGAAGGAGUCAUAACCCUGCAGAAGGGGCUAGACUACGAGACGAAGGCCACCUACACGCUGAGGAUCGAGGCGACCAACCGCAACAUCGACCCGCGGUUCCUGAGCCUGGGCCCUUUCAGCGACACGGCGACGGUGCGCGUGACGGUGGAGGACGUAGACGAGCCUCCUGUCUUCUCCUCGCCCCUCAGCCGCAUGGUGGUGUCCGAGGCUGCCAAGGUGGGCACCAUCAUCGGCACCGUCUCAGCCCACGAUCCCGACACCUCCAACAGCGCUAUCAGGUACUCUAUAGACCGCAACACAGACCUGGAGCGCUUCUUCAACAUCGACGCCAUGACGGGCAUCAUCAGCACGGCCAAGCAGCUGGACAGAGAGGCCAACGCCGUCCACAACAUCACCAUCCUCGCCAUGGAGAGCCAAGACCCAUCCCAAGUGGGGAAGGGAAUCGCCAUCAUCACAGUUAUGGACAUCAAUGACAACGCCCCUGUCUUCGCCAUAGAGUACGAGACCUUCCUCUGUGAAAGUGCCAGUCCAGGACAGGUUAUCCAGACCAUCAGUGCGGUCGACAAGGAUGAGCCCCCGAGCGGACACCGCUUCUUCUUUGCCCUGACCGCCGAGGCAGCCGGCAAUCUCAACUUCACCCUCAGAGACAACAAAGACAACACGGCCUCCAUCCUGACGAAGCGCGGGGGUUUCCGGCGCCGGGAGCAGUCGCUGUACCGGCUGCCCAUCCUGAUCGUGGACAGCGGCACCCCAUCCCUCAGCAGCACCAACACCCUCUCCAUCCGCGUGUGCGACUGCGACUCGGACGGCGUGGCCCAGUCCUGCAGCGCAGAGGCCUACACGCUCCCCGCCGGGCUCAGCACCGGCGCCCUCAUCGCCAUCCUGGCCUGUGUCCUCACUCUCCUGGUGCUGGUUCUCCUCAUCGUCACCAUGCGGCGGAGGAAGAAGGAGCCUCUGAUCCUGGACGAGGAGCGCGACGUGCGGGAGAACAUCGUGCGCUACGACGACGAGGGCGGCGGGGAGGAGGACACCGAGGCCUUCGACAUGGUGGCCCUCCGAAACCUCAACGUCAUCCGGGACCACAAGGCCAGGAGGGACGUCACCCCCGAGGUGCCCACCCUCUUCUCCUCCCGGCCCCCGCCGUACAAGAGCGUCCCGGACAACGGCAUCUUCCGGGAGUUCAUAUGGGACCGGCUAAAGGACGCGGACGUGGACCCGUCGGCGCCCCCCUACGACUCCCUGCAGACCUACGCCUUCGAGGGCAGCGGCUCAGUGGCCGAGUCGCUCAGCUCGCUGGAGUCGCUGAGCACGGAUUCCGACCAGAACUACGACUACCUGAGUGACUGGGGGCCCCGCUUUAAGAAGCUGGCCGACCUUUACGGCCAAAACGAGGCCAGCAGCAUAUUCUCAUAG